GAAUAACAGUAUUCUUGAGUUACACAAACCCACGGGGGCACUGCGAGCUUUGGCCCCGCGCCUCGGCCGCCACGUCGUCCUCCUCUUCGGGUCCAGCCCGCGUCCUCCUGUCGACUCGGCCGCCGGUCGCGCUGGUUUAGCUGCCAGGCCUUUGCCUAGGACCGGCCAGGUGACCGAGAAGAAAGCACGUGUAUGAGCAGCGGUCUGGGCAGGGGACCCUCCUGUCAGCGCCGCGCGGCGCUCGGGCCCUGACGGAAGUCCCGCUGUCGGGUCUGGUUGCGGGGAGACCCCUCAGUAUCCCUGGGACCCCAACCUUCUGUGAACUACUGGCCCGGCGCUGGCUGGCGUGGCUCUGGGCCGUCACGUGCGGACGGCGCGUCUUCCCCGCCGCGUCCCCGGCCGGAGGAGAAGACUCCGCAGUAUGGCCCCCACGCUCCAGGACCUGACGCCAUCUGCAGGGAUGGAGAAGACCCUGCAAGAUGAGAUUGAAGCCAUCCUGCGGGAGAGGAUUAUGGUGCUUGAUGGAGGGAUGGGGACCAUGAUCCAGCGGCACAAGCUGAGUGAAGAAGACUUCCGAGGACAAGAAUUUAAAGAUCAUGCCAGGCCCCUGAAAGGCAACAAUGAUAUUUUAAGUAUAACUCAGCCCAGUGUCAUUUACCAAAUCCAUAAGGAUUACCUCCUAGCUGGGGCAGAUAUCAUUGAAACAAAUACUUUCAGCAGCACCGCUAUUGCCCAAGCUGACUAUGGCCUGGAACACUUGGCCUACCGGAUGAACAUGUGCUCUGCGGGAGUGGCCAGAAAAGCAGCCGAGGAGAUAACUCUCCAGACAGGAAUUAAGAGGUAUGUGGCAGGAGCUCUGGGUCCAACUAACAAGACACUCUCUGUGUCCCCAUCUGUGGAAAAACCAGAUUACAGGAACAUCACAUUUGAUGAACUUGUUGAAGCAUACAAAGAGCAGGCCAAAGGGCUCCUGGAUGGUGGAGUGGAUAUCUUACUCAUUGAAACUGUUUUUGAUACUGCCAAUGCCAAGGCAGCUUUGUUUGCAGUCCAAAAACUUUUUGAAGAGGAGUAUGUUCCCCGGCCUGUCUUUAUUUCAGGGACAAUUGUUGAUAAAAGUGGGCGGACUCUCUCUGGCCAGACUGGGGAGGCAUUUGUCAUCAGCGUGUCUCAUGCAGACCCACUCUGCAUUGGAUUAAAUUGUGCUCUGGGUGCCGCUGAAAUGAGACCUUUUAUUGAAACAAUUGGAAAAUGUACAACAGCUUAUGUUCUCUGUUAUCCCAAUGCAGGUCUUCCCAAUACCUUCGGUGACUAUGAUGAAACUCCACACAUGAUGGCCAUGCACUUAAAGGAUUUUGCUGUUGAUGGCUUGGUCAACAUAGUUGGCGGAUGCUGUGGUACGACGCCAGAUCAUAUCAGAGAAAUUGCUGAAGCUGUGAAAAACUGUAAGCCUAGAGUUCCACCUGCCACUGUUUUUGAAGGGCAUAUGCUACUGUCUGGUCUAGAGCCCUUCAGGAUCGGACCAUACACCAACUUUGUUAACAUUGGAGAGCGCUGUAAUGUUGCAGGAUCCAGGAGGUUUGCUAAACUCAUCAUGGGAGGAAAUUAUGAAGAAGCACUGAGUGUUGCCAAAAUGCAGGUGGAAAUGGGAGCCCAGGUGUUGGAUAUUAACAUGGAUGAUGGCAUGCUGGAUGGUCCAAGUGCAAUGACCAGAUUCUGCAACUUCAUUGCUUCCGAGCCUGACAUUGCCAAGGUGCCCUUGUGCAUUGACUCUUCCAAUUUUGCUGUGAUUGAAGCCGGGUUAAAGUGCUGCCAGGGAAAGUGCAUUGUUAAUAGCAUCAGCCUGAAGGAGGGAGAGGAUGACUUCUUGGAGAAGGCCAGAAAGAUUAAGAAGUUUGGAGCUGCCGUGGUGGUUAUGGCUUUUGAUGAAGAAGGACAGGCAACAGAAACAGAUACCAAAAUCAGAGUGUGCACCCGGGCCUACCAUCUCCUUGUGAAAAAACUGGGCUUCAAUCCAAAUGACAUCAUCUUUGACCCUAAUAUCCUCACCAUUGGUACUGGGAUGGAAGAACAUAACUUGUAUGCUGUUAAUUUUAUCAAUGCAACAAAAGUCAUUAAAGAAACGCUGCCUGGAGCCAAAGUCAGUGGUGGUCUGUCCAACUUGUCCUUCUCCUUCCGAGGGAUGGAGGCCAUUCGGGAGGCGAUGCACGGGGUCUUCCUGUACCAUGCAAUCAAGUUUGGUAUGGACAUGGGAAUAGUGAAUGCUGGAAGCCUUCCUGUAUAUGAUGACAUCCAGAAGGAGCUUCUCCAGCUCUGUGAGGACCUCAUCUGGAACAGAGACCCUGAGGCCACCGAGAAGCUCUUACACUACGCCCAGACUCAGGUCAAAGGAGGGAAGAAAGUCAUCCAGAGUGAUGAGUGGAGGAAUGGCCCUAUUGAAGAACGCCUUGAGCACGCUCUUGUGAAGGGCAUUGAAAAAUAUAUUAUUGAAGAUACUGAGGAAGCCAGGUUAAACCAGGAAAAAUAUCCCCGACCUCUGAAUAUAAUUGAAGGGCCGCUGAUGAAUGGCAUGAAAAUUGUUGGUGAUCUUUUUGGAGCUGGAAAAAUGUUUCUACCUCAGGUUAUAAAGUCAGCUCGGGUCAUGAAGAAGGCCGUGGGUCACCUUAUUCCCUUCAUGGAGAAAGAGAGAGAAGAAACCAAAGUGCUUACUGGCAAAAUAGAAGAUGAGGACCCUUACCAUGGCACCAUCGUGCUGGCUACUGUUAAAGGUGACGUACACGAUAUAGGCAAGAACAUAGUUGGAGUGGUUCUUGGCUGCAAUAAUUUCAGAGUCAUUGAUUUGGGAGUCAUGACUCCGUGUGACAGGAUACUGAAAGCCGCUCUGGACCACAAAGCAGAUAUAAUUGGCCUGUCAGGACUCAUCACUCCGUCCCUGGAUGAAAUGAUUUUUGUCGCUAAGGAAAUGGAGAGACUGGCUAUAAAGAUCCCGUUGCUGAUCGGAGGAGCUACCACUUCCAGAACCCACACAGCAGUUAAAAUAGCCCCAAGAUACAGUGCACCUGUGAUCCACGUCCUGGACGCGUCCAAGAGCGUGGUGGUGUGUUCUCAGCUGUUAGAUGAGAAUCUAAAAGAUGAGUACUUUGAGGAGAUCCUGGAAGAAUAUGAAGAUAUCAGACAGGACCAUUAUGAGUCUCUCAAGGAGAGAAGAUACUUAACCUUAAGGCAAGCUAGAGAAAAUGGUUUCCAUAUUGACUGGCUGGCAGAGCCUCCUCCAGUGAAGCCCACAUUCCUCGGGACUCGGGUCUUUGAAGACUACGACCUGCAGAAGCUGGUGGACUACAUUGACUGGAAGCCUUUCUUCGACGUCUGGCAGCUCCGGGGCAAAUAUCCGAACCGAGGCUUUCCCAAGAUAUUUGAUGACAAAACUGUAGGUGAAGAGGCCAAAAAGGUCUAUGAUGAUGCCCAAAAUAUGCUGCAGGCACUGAUCAGUCAGAAGAAGCUCCAGGCCAGGGGCGUGGUUGGGUUCUGGCCGGCACAGAGCGUUCACGAUGAUAUCCACCUGUACGCGGAAGGCAUGGUGCCACAAGCCUCGGAGCCCAUAGCCACCUUCCACGGGCUCAGGCAGCAGGCCGAGAAGGACUCUGCCAGCUCGGACCCCUACCUCUGCCUCUCGGACUUCAUUGCCCCUCUGGACUCGGGCAUCCCCGACUACCUGGGCCUAUUCGCCGUUGCCUGCUUUGGGGUGGAGGAGCUGAGCAAGGCCUAUGAGGAGGAGUGUGAUGACUACAGCAGCAUCAUGGUCAAGGCGCUGGGGGACCGGCUGGCCGAGGCCUUCGCUGAGGAGCUGCACGAGCGGGUCCGCAGGGAGCUGUGGGGUUACUGCAGUGGGGAGCAGCUGGCUGUGGCUGACCUGCGGAGACUGCGCUACGAGGGCAUCCGGCCGGCGCCCGGCUAUCCCAGCCAGCCUGACCACACUGAGAAGCUGACCAUGUGGAGGCUGGCGGACGUGGAGCGGUGCACAGGCAUUAGGUUAACAGAAUCGCUGGCCAUGGCACCUGCUUCAGCGGUAUCUGGCCUUUACUUCUCCAACUUGAAGUCCAAGUAUUUUGCUGUGGGGAAAAUUUCCAAAGAUCAGAUUGAGGAUUAUGCUUCGAGGAAGAACAUGUCUGUGGCCGAGGUUGAGAAAUGGCUUGGACCCAUUGUGGGAUAUGAUACAGACUAACUUUUUUUUUUUUUUUUUUUUAAACUUGUCUGUACUUGGUGAUCCUCAGGGAAACAGUCCAAAGAGCCUUAAUCAUAACAGCGCAAUGGCCAGGAGCCCAUCUGCAUCUGGUUGCCCAUUGCACCACUCCAGGGUGCAGACGUUUGGGGGGACCUUAUAGAAGACCAGGGUCUUCCUGCAGUUCUUUUAAAACAAGCAGCUGUUUUCCAGGGAACUUUGAAUAAAGAGCAGCGGGUAAGACUCCAGGGUUGUCCUUGGUCCCUUGGGGGCUAGAACAAGCUGGAGAUGGAGGCCUUUUGCAUUUCAAAGCAAGUCAGACUUUUUUCAUUUUUUCUCCAGACCUAGGAGGUCACUUCUUUUUUCUCUCUCUCUCUCAGAGAAAAGCCUGAAAGUCAGUUGAAUAGAGAAAUAUGACCUUGUGGCACUAGUGAUGCCGUGAGCAAUGGGACAUUUUGAUCUGAGUGGUUAGAGCAGUCACUCUGACAGGGAAGAAGCAUCACUCUGCUCUCUCUCCCAAGACCUCCUUUACUGAAGCCUCAAGGAGGUGCUCGAAGGCGUCCCUUUAGCCAAAGGCACACUCUGCCUGAGGCUUAUUAGAGGUGCUCAGGCCGCUUGCCCUGGCCAGUCAAAUAUAGUUGCAUUCGCCAA